GCUGGGCGGGCCUGGCGGAGCCAUGGCGGCCGUGCGGGGCCUGCGGAUCUCCGUGAAGGCGGAGGCGAGCACGACCACGGCGGAGCCGCGCGGCCCCGAGCCCGAGCCCAUGGAGGUGGAAGAGGGAGAGCUGGAGACCAUCCCUGUGAGGCGCUCGCUGCGGGAGCUCAUCCCGGACACCAGUAGGAGAUAUGAAAACAAAGCUGGAAGUUUCAUCACUGGAAUAGAUGUAACCUCCAAGGAGGCAAUUGAGAAGAAGGAACAAAGAGCCAAACGCUUCCAUUUUCGGGCUGAGGUGAACCUGGCCCAGAGGAACGUGGCCCUGGACCGGGACAUGAUGAAGAAAGCAAUUCCUAAAGUAAGGCUGGACACCAUUUACAUUUGUGGAGUGGAUGAGAUGAGUACCCAGGACAUCUUUGCCUAUUUCAAAGAGUAUCCUCCUGCUCAUAUCGAGUGGCUGGAUGACACUUCAUGUAAUGUGGUCUGGCUUGAUGAAGUGACAGCAACACGGGCUCUAAUAAAUAUGAGUUCCCUGCCUGAUCAGGAGAAAACAAAGAGCAGAGAAAACAACAAGGAGAAGACAGCUGAAAAAACCAAGAAAGAAAAACAGGAGGAAAGCUCUGAUGAUGAGACAGAAGAAGGAGAGGUUGAGGAUGACAAUCCCAGUGAUGUGGAGUUGGAUGCCCUCUCCCAGGUAGAAGAGGAUUCUCUCCUGCGAAAUGACCUUCGCCCUGCCAAUAAACUGGCUAAAGGAAACAAGCUAUUCAUGAGAUUUGCUACUAAAGAUGACAAAAAGGAGCUGGGAGCUGCCAGGAGAAGCCAGUAUUACAUGAAAUAUGGCAAUCCAAAUUAUGGAGGCAUGAAAGGAAUUCUUAGCAAUUCUUGGAAGAGGAGGUACCACUCCCGCAGGAUCCAUCGGGAUGUGAUCAAGAAGAGGACGCUGCUUGGGGACGAUGUGGGCUUGACUCCUCCCUACAAACACCGGCACUCAGGCUUGGUGAAUGUUCCCGAAGAGCCCAUUGAGGAGGAGGAGGAGGAGGAGGAGGGGGAGGAGGAGGAUGAGGACAUGGAUGAAGAUGAGCGGGUGGUGGUGGAGUACCGCGAUGAGCUGCAGGCGUUCCGGCAGUCGCGGGAGCGCAGCGCCGCCCGCAGGUCCAGCGCCUCGGACUCGGAUGAGAUGGACUACGACCUGGAACUGAAAAUGAUUUCCACCCCCUCGCCCAAAAAAAGCAUGAAGAUGACCAUGUAUGCUGAUGAGGUGGAGUCACAGCUGAAAAAUAUUAGGAAUUCCAUGCGAGCAGAUAGCAUAGCCACCAGCAACAUCAAAAACAGGAUUGGCAGCAAAGGAUCCUUGGAGAAAGUUGCAGAUGUGAGGCUCCUGUUGGAAGAGAAACGUCAGAAUAACUCUGGGCCACGGCAGCCAAACAGCACUAAUGAUUCACUUUCUCUUANGAGACUGGGAAAAAGGCCACACUCUCCAGAAAUCAAAGCCCCAAGCAGUACCUGUGCUCCUCGUCGAGAACCAAUCUCAGAUGUGCACAGCAGGCUGGGAAUCCCCAAACAAGAUGUGAAAGGCCUCUACUCUGACACCAGAGAGAAGAAAUCAGGUAAUUUAUGGACCAGAUUGGGGUCUGCUCCAAAGACACAGGAAAAGACUCCAGAGAAAGCUGAAAACUCUGUGGCAUCUCCAGAGGAAGAUGACUCUGAGCUGCAGAGGGUUUGGGGUGCUCUCAUUAAGGAAAAAGAACAGUCCAGGCAAAAAAAGAGUCGCUUGGAUCAUUUACCCUCGCUACAAAUCGAGAUCAGCCGGGAAAGCAGCUCUGGCUCAGACUCUGAAUCAUGACUGGUUCCACAGCCUGACCCUCCAGGUGGUGACUCUGCAGCCUGGCAGGAUCCCCUUUGCCCAAAAGCUGGACACUGGCAAAGACUCUGCAGUGAAGGAAGUUUCUCUGCUCCUUUUCUACAACAAGAGAGGCAUAAACCACUUGAACCCUAAAGCAAAGACGUUUGUCUGGAGUGUGUGGCUGGCCCUGUGCUCUGUAGGGCAUUGUCAUCUCUGUUUGUGACAGCAAACCUGUAGUCAAUUGUAGCAAAACAUUUUCUCCCCCGAGCUUUGAACUUAAAAGAUGAGGCAGAAAUGCUCUGUAUUUUUAAGGAGACCUUUUCUGUUCUUGGUAUUUUCAUCAUGGAGGCUUUUAACAAAAUGUUUGACACACUUCAUCCAAAGAACAGGGCAUCUCAUGAUCCAGAUCAUUGCCUUGCCCUUCUGGCUCUUACCAGCACCUUUCCUUUCCUCCUGAAGUAAUAACAAGAAAGCUUCCUGGGUGGGCAGCCAGCAGGGAUAAAGCAUGAAGGGAUUGAUUAUCACAUUCCCUUCUUCCAACACACUGAAUGUAAAUCCAAAUUACACAUUUUUUACAGUUAAAUUCCAUGUAGUUGUCCCAGUGGAAUACAAGGAAUCCUGCUCAUUUAUUUUGGUGAUACCACAUUCUGCUGUAGCAGGGAUUGAGAUAUUCAGGACUGCCAAGUUGGAUGUUUAAUAAUUGUGUAAAUCCCUGAGGGUUUGGGGUUUUUUUGUUUUUUUGUUUUUUUUUGCUGUUGUUCUAUGAGGAGGGAUUAUAUUCCUUUCAUUCCACCUAGAUUAUGUGCUGAAGCAAUCCAAGAGCUGGAAAACAUUUUUAUAUUUGUGAGAAUCUUCCUGUUGGCCAUGGUGAAAGCUCUAGUGGUGUUCUCCUCUGUGCUGUUCUCUGUCUAUAUAGAAGUGAAGAGAAAAGGAAAACUUUAGGAUCACUGUCUCCUGUCAAUAUUUUGGAUGUUCUUCCUGUAUAGUACACGUGGAUGUGGACAUGGGUGACUUGUUCCAUUCAUCUUUUUUACCUGCACAUUUUCACCGUCCCUGGGUAGGACAAGGGUUUGAUCAGUGUGCAACUGCUAUUUUUUUUUUUUCAUGUUGCCAGUAAUUCUGAGUGAGGAAUAAUGGAGCACAUCACAUUCAGGUAACCAACAGGUAGCAAAACCAUUUUAAUAGUCUGAAAUCUGUUUGCAUUGUCCCUGUUCCUUGGUUCAGUCAGUCCAAAAUACCUGUGAACUUCUCUUCCCAUUUCUGCUUUUAGCAAGCAAAUUUUUCCCUUUUUUUUCUUUUCUUUUUUUUUUUUUUUAAUUUUGCUCCCCCUAUUUUUGUACUAAGUUGAAGUAGGUUUGAGGUUUCAGCAAGGAAUGUGCAAAAUUAACUUUUCUUCUGCUUUAUGAUGUGUGAGGAUAGCAGCAUGUAAAAUGAAAGGUCAAAUGACAGGCACAGUGAUGACUGGAGGGGCAAUCUGGGGGCUGAGCAGGCUUCAAGCCUUACUCUUUCCUUGUUUUGUGACACUCAUCCUUGAUUUUAUAUUUAAUUAUUGAAUAUAUAAAUGUCUCAUAAAAGUACUGUUGAGAAAACGUCUGCAAUGUGUGAUCACUGUAAUAACUCAUUUCAAACGAGUGCUUUCAUUGAUAUCCUCUCCCCAAGCUUUCCCAGAGGGUCACAUCUCUCCAGAUCCUGAUAAAAUUUAUUCCACCAGUUUCUUUUUGCCAGUAAA